CUCAAUGCACUUUGUUGAAGCUCUGCAGGCAGGCGGCGUUCGACGAGCCAUGUCAGCUCCUCUCCUCAUGUUUGCUGAUUAUUGGAUUCUUUCGGGACCCUCUGGCUGUUUGUGGACAUGUAACGCGCAGAUUUGAAGAUGUUUCCCGUUUAAGUGUGGAUUUAGUGCAAGUUUCCCCCUCCUCGCACAGAACUCAUGAAACCAUCUUCUCCACCGUGCGGACGAGCUCAUGAUGUCCAUGGCUCUCAUGCCUGACGCUUUCAGCAAUGGAGCCGCAGACCCGUCCAAAUCCGCCUUUCUAGAGUUCGGACACGGACACCCGGCGGCGCACCAGCAGCGCUCCCCGGGCCUCCCUCAUCACAUUUACCCCGUGCGCGGCUUGCAAGCUGCGGCCCACUCGCAGCACGACGGCUCCUUCCCGGCCGGCGCGUCCUAUGGCCGCUCGUUGGGUUACGCCUACCCCGGCGCCGUCAACCCGCAUCCGGCGUCUGCGUACAUGUCCUACCAGCACAGCAGCAGCAGCCCCGGCGGCAGCAGUUUGAGUCUGCACGGACGAUUAGAGCACGCAGAUCACGACAAGUCCACGGCGCUGGAGAACAGAGAUGUUCGGUUAAAUGGCAAAGGGAAGAAAAUCCGCAAACCCCGAACCAUCUACUCCAGUCUGCAGCUGCAAGCCCUGCACCAGCGCUUCCAGCAGACCCAGUACUUGGCCCUCCCGGAACGCGCGGACCUGGCGGCCAAACUCGGACUCACUCAGACUCAGGUGAAAAUCUGGUUUCAGAACAAGCGCUCCAAGUACAAAAAGAUCAUGAAGCAUGGAAGCGGACCAGAGGGAGAACACUUGAGCAGCACCAGUUCAGCCUCCCCCUGCUCUCCUCAUGGGAUGCCCCAACUUUGGGACGUGUCCAUGCAGGGGAACAAGGGAGGAGGCCCGGUGUACCCCAACAACUACAUGAACACUUUGAGUCACUGGUACCCCAACCAGCACCAGCAUGCUCACCAGGAGGGCAUGGCCAGGCAUCAGAUGAUGUGAGUGGAUUUAUCCUGCAGGGGGCCUGAGAUUUUUUUAUUUUUUUUUAAUGACACACAACUUCUAAAUCCAGUCUUUUUUGGUAGGGUGGAAUUUACGCCAACUUUGCUCAUCUUUUGACGGGACUUUUGUUGAAGAGGACUUGAGUGUGUGUGUGUGUGUGUGUGUGUGUGAGUGGGUGCGUGUGCGUGUAUGUGUGUGUGUGUGAGUGGGUGCGUGUGCGUGUGUGUGUGUGUGUGGACAAUGGGAGUUAUGUGCAUGUUUUAACAGGACAAACACAUUAAGCUAUCAGAAACAAUUGUUGGAUGAGCCUGUGGUGACUUUCCAAUGGCUCUGUCAAUGCGUAAAAUAUCAUUUUUUUGCGUCGAAAAGAAUCCUAUUUGUGAAAUGCAAAUAAAACAUUGUGUUGUGCUAUUUUUUAAA